AGCUGCGGUUGUCUCCUUGUGUUAGUUCGUGUUUUGUUAGUUUUGCGUCAGUUUCUUUAAACUUCGGCCACAUCCACUUCCCUAAGCGAGCCUACUGUUAGCCUAGCCUGUAGCCUGCUAGCAGCCCGGGGCACUUUCCAGACUCCAAACGCCAGACUCCGUUAACAUAUUGUGGAGUUUAAAGUGGCCUGGCUCGCCGCUGAACAGCUGCUCCUCCUGAAACGCAACUGAAGGCUUUUUACGAAUCCUCAACACACACUUGUCCAUUCGACUAACAUUUGGCACAAAACAGUUCUUACUUUGACUAUAUGUAAACUUAACUGUGGUGAGACGCGUUUCCAACAGUAUCAACACUUUCAUACCUGCUGAUUCUUCACAUGAGAUUCCCGCUUCGUGAAACAUGACCGAAUUGAUCAUAGAUCUUAGCAAUAUAUAAAAGUCUCUUUUACCAGGUAUGUGGGCAACCUGCUGUAACUGGUUGUGUAUGGACUCGGCGGACGUCGACCAGUCAGGUGGAGGUGAGCGUCGUCAUCGGUCCUACAGUAACUCAGCGUUCACCAGUCAGCCGUCUCCCCCCGCCGAACACACCUGUAAGGCCUGCGGGGGGCGUUUCGACACACCUGCCAAGAAGCAUGUGUGUGUGGACUGCAAGAAGAACUACUGCAGCCGCUGCUCGGCCCAGCUGGAGCCCCGCCCCCGCCUCUGUCACACCUGUCAGCGUUUCUACGGCAACCUGCUGCAGCGGGCAGAGCUCAUGAAGCUCAAAGUGAAGGAGCUCAGAGACUACCUGCACCUGCACGAAGUCUCCACCCACCUGUGCCGAGAGAAGGAGGAGCUGGUGGAGCUGGUCCUGGGUCAGCAGUCUUCACCAUCCAGUGGCUCAGCCCCUGAGACUCUGACGCCUGACUCCCCCUCUGUUACCUCUGAGCCCCCUGACUUGACUCCUCACAUCGCCACCUUGACCCCCGACCCUCCAACACCCACGCCGAUCCUGACCCCUGACCCUCCCGCUGCACAGCCUGAAGACCCGGACCCUCCCACAGAGUCCGCCCCCGCCCAGCCCGACGUUCAGGGAGAAGACCAGACCUGGGACCCUGAGGAGCCCCAGGUUUCUGGUCGUAAGGCCUCUCUGUCCGACCUGAGCGGUCUGGACGACAUUGAGGCGCUCAGCGUCCGACAGCUGAAGGAAAUCCUCGCCAGGAACUUCGUCAAUUACAAAGGCUGCUGUGAGAAGUGGGAGCUGAUGGAGAGAGUGAGCCGGCUGUACCAGGACCAGCAGAACCUACUGGCUGCCAACACUGUGAACGCUACGGAGUCCGGCGGCGGUGCUACAGGUGUGGAGGAGAACCUCUGUAAGAUCUGCAUGGACUCUCCCAUCGACUGCGUCCUGCUGGAGUGUGGUCACAUGAUCACCUGCACCAAGUGCGGCAAGAGGAUGAGCGAGUGUCCCAUCUGCCGCCAGUAUGUCGUCCGAGCCGUCCACGUCUUCAGGUCCUGAACGCACCAUCCCUGACCUGAACCCAGGACCACCUCUCUUCAAGCAUUAAAUUGCGAACAAAUCUUCCCGAAGGGACCCGCUACAGAAACACAGUGCUUUUAUUUUGUUAACUCUAAUUUUUUCUAGUGUAAAUAAAAUGUGCGGUGUUGAAGAACAUAAGAAGUGACCUUAUCUGACCUUCAGACAGCAGAGCCGCUGUUUUUUGGACACGGACACUGAAUGUACAGACUGACUCUACAGUUUCACAGGUGGUGGAUCGCAUCUCCGGUUUGAACCAGGAAUCCUCUGUGCCUUCACCAGCUCCUCACCACCUCCCUCUGUCCUGAAAACCCUCGGUCUGGAAAAGCAUCACGAUCCUGCAGUGAAACCUGAAAGUUUCGAAAAGUUUCGGGACACUGAAGGGGGUGGAAAUCUACCAAAGAGAAAUGUGGCUUUACCUCGACGGGGGAGGAGGGUCCACUCAGACCUGCACGGUAUCAGAAAGUCAACAAAUGGCCUCUAACAGACCAUUACAAAGAUGUUUUAUUUUGUUUACAGUCUGCACUGAGCGUAUACUGUAAAAAUAACUAAGUGAAGUGAAGUAAAACAUCAGAUAGAAAAAAAAAAUCUGCAUCUGUAAGGGUGAAGGUAAAGUCAAAUAUCAUAAAAUCAACACCUGGUGGUGGUGAGAGGACUCAAAAGCAAAUAGAAAGAAUUCAGUUCAAAAAAGCGUAAACAACAUCGGGCUUAGCAGCAGACUCUUCACUCAGUUUUUUCAUUUUUUCGUGAAGCUUGAAUUUCCUCGUGUCGAAGCCGAGAUCACUUGCUUUAUCUGCAUCCUCACAACAGGUGAUAACCGCACUGUUGUGGUCCUGUUUGAUGUCAGGACUGACAGCAGCAGGAGACCUGAGACUUUCCUCUAGUUUCCUCUGCUUUCAGAUAUCAGCCUUAUCUUACUUUUCUGACUUACUCAUUGAUUUCCGUGUGAUAAAAUCCGAUGUGGUAACUAAAGCUGCGUCAGACCAGCAGCCAACCAGAGCGGAUGUGUUCACUCAACCAAAAAACAUUACCAUGUUCAUUGAACUGCCUUUAGAUCAGAUCAGAUCAGAUUAUCAGCAGGGUAAUGUCCUCACACUGAGCCCCGCCCCCCGGCCUCAGGUGACUGCUCGGUUACACCUUUACCUUCGGACGUGCAGGUGAGCGUCUUGUAGCAGAAAGGUGAACAUGUUCACAGUUUAACAUUUGGUAGAUCUGAUGCUGCUGUUUCCCUUCAGAUCCUCCAUGUCACAAACUGAAAAACCCUAACGAAGCUGCAUUAAAACGGAGCUGACCUGAAAUAAUGAAAUUUAAAGCUCAGAACCAUCGUUUAUAUUUUCCCCGGGGAUUUGACAGGUAUAGGGAAUUUGGGGAAUUUUUAUAUUCUGUGAUUUAAAAACAUGAUAUUUUUUUAGAGUGAUUACAGUGUUUUUACUCACAUUUGUGACCAUUUUAGGGCAAUAAAGGUACAUCAUUGAAUAAAGGAUACAUAUAAAGUAAAACAUUAAUUCUAUUUUUAAAGGUCAGUAAUUUCCAUAUGAUUCCCUUGGAAGUUGCCCGGAUAUAACGAUGUAAUCAGGCACAAAUUGUAAAGACAACUGUGACAAAGUUCUGAGAGAGUUAUUCAGCGUUUAUGUGGUUGUAUUGAGUUUAAUAGCACUUGUAAAGCUGCAGAAAAUGUAAUGGAACAGCUUAAUUCCUGAAACUUAAGUGGACCUGUCGCUGUACUGGUCCUCCAUGUUCUCAUCUGACUCUGGAAAAGACAGAGAACAAGAAAAUUUACUCUAAUGUUGGACUGUGCCUGUAGAUUUAUAUCAGAUUUAAUAGAAACUACAGAGGCCCGAUGACGCUUCCCUGAGGGACUCCAUGUGUUAUUAAAGACAGGGAACAUGAUCUACUCAUGUUUACCAGCAGACUUUUCUCUGUUGUUGAAAGGACACAUCAGCAGCAAAACUCUUUGGUUUGAAGUUGCCUUCGUGUCUUAUUAUAACUGAUUGCACUAAUCUGUGGAUGCUGAAAUUUUUUUGAACUUCCUCUAUAAAUUUGUUUUUGAACUUAUUUAGAGAUGACGUAGGACAGAUAUGUUGUCCCUUUUUGUUUUUCUUGACGUUUUUGUUCCUCUGAGAUCAGUGAUUUUGACUUUUGCUGUGGAUAUUUUGAUUUUUUUUUUUUUUUGUGUGUGUGUGAAAAGAUUACAAACCUGUUUUUGCUAGAACUUGUUGCAAGAAUUAAUUAAUUAAUUACAACGCACUUUGAUUUCUCUGCUACAAUAUGUGAAUAACGUCAUUAUCGCAACACUGUGAGAGUUUUAUAUGACCAAACUCAUAUUGGACAGAAACUCAUGUUGCUGGGUUCUUCUCCAGGCGGUUGUUAGCAUCGUUAGCUAUGCCCACUGAGACCAACACAACUGGAAGCUAACAUGCAAGCGCUCAUCUGUUUGUUUCAGGCUUGUGAAAAUACAGCAGUGUUAAAUUACAGCCCUCGUCACAGGGUUUCGAUGUCUACGAGUUGUGGUUUCAACCACCAAACUUCUAAAUCAAUGAUUAUGUCAUUUGAACAACUGAGGAUGAAAGAGGUGAAAUGAUACAACAUUUUGCAUAAAAGGAUAGGCCAUUUAAAAAAAAAAAAAAGUGCAGGAGGUUUCAGUUUUUUCUUUCAAUCCCUCAUAUAUAACUUGCGACCCACUGGAGGGGUCUCGACCCCCAGGUUGGGAACCACUGCUUUUAAUGAGAGACGCUAGCACUGCUCAGCUGAGAGCUGCUUUAACUCCUCUGUUACAUCACAGUUCAGAUACUUUGGGAUGUUCUUCAAACGUCACUGGGAUCUGUUAGGAAAUGAAAUAUUUUAAACAAAAAGCUUUAGUUUUCUGAGUGAACAUUGCUGAAUAAUUUUUUAAUAAAAUUCAU